CGGAACUCCAGCCGGUUGUUGAUAAUAAACUCACAUGGUCCGGGGAAUUCUCGUCCUAAGCGACUCUGAACCAGCCUGAAAACGUUUACACUAUGUCUCUGUCGCUGUUGAAAAGAGGACUGGCGCUUCUCGGCGAUGAUAUUCGAGAUGAGAGCAAGGGGAAGAAGAAGCCCCAGAAGCAGACUCCGAGUUCAGCCACUGUCAUGGACCACGUGAGCACCAAACGUCAGGGCGUCACCAGGCAGGUGAAAAGGCUUCAGGGUCGACUGGGACCAGGCAAGAGCAAAGCAACGGUGAAAGACAAGCACGUCAAGUCUGCCAUCGAUGAGUUCCGGAAGAACCAAAAGAAGAGUUGCUUGAAUGAAAACCUCCGGUAUUUCAUGGCGACAACCCACAAUGCCACAGUCUCGGAUGCUCAGAAGAUCCAGAACCAUAUAAAGGGGAGACAGUCCCGGAAACAUCCAACGCCACCAGCCAGUAAGCCCAAGAAGCCAAAGUCACUCUUCUCAGAAGAAGAAUUCCAGCAGUUCCAGAAGGAAUAUUUCGGCAAAUUGGUGGAGGAAACGAGGUGAAACAUUGUGCAGAUUGUUUCUGAUGUUUAAACAUCAAGGACUCAGAAUGAGUGUUGAA